ACCACAAUAACGGUUAGUAAAUUAUCUUAUUCAUGUUAUUUUGAAUUUUAUUUAGGCGAACAUCAUUAGCAUCACCAAAACAAUUAUUUCGUUCAGCAAAUAUGGCACAACGAUGGCAAAGACGAGAAAUUUCAAAUUUUGAAUAUCUUAUGUAUCUUAUAAUACGAUUGCAGGAACCAUUCACAACAUUUUAUUUAAGUUUACAAGAAGGAAAAUUUGUUCAUGCUAGUCGAUUAUUUCAUUCAAUACCAUUAUCAUGGCAAAAUUGUCAACGUGAUUCAUCUGAUGUAUUAGAAUCUGAACUUGUUUCAUGUCAUUUACAUUAUUGGAUUGAUUUAAUUUUUGGAUCUGAAGCUGUUCGUGCUGUUAAUCUUGAUUCAAUAACAAAUCCAAUAGAUCGUGCUGCUAUUGAAACACGAAUAAGAAAUUUUGAUCAAGCACCAGCACAACUUUUAACUGAACCACAUCCACCAAGAAAUUCAGCAAUGAAUUUAACUCCAAUGAUGUAUAAUGUUACACCAGAAGACGUAUCAAUGAUAAUGAAAUUUUCAUCAAAUGCAUCUAUUAAACAUGUUUCUGCUAAUACAAAUCCAACACUUUCUAUACAAGCUAUUAUUACAAUUAGUAAUAAACAUGAUUUUUCUAUAAAUAAAUAUCAUCCAAAUGCUAGUACACCAACACAAACUUAUUCUGAAUCAUCACAAACAUCAAUACAUCAACAAACACAAUUACCAUUAAGCAUGGAUUCAAUAUUAGUAUCAAAUAUAAAUUUAAAUCGUCGUCAUUUGGAUGAUAAUUUUGAUGAACGUAUUCAACAACGACAUCAAAGUUUUGUUGUUACUGCUGAUAAUCGUUAUAUAAUAUCAACUGGUUAUUGGGAUAAAAUUUUUCGUGUACAAAAUACUGAUAUAGCUAAAAUUACACAAGUACUCUAUGGUCAUUUUGAUAUUGUUACAUGUGUAUGUCGUUCAGAAGUAACUAUUGCUGGAAAUUGUUUUCUUGCAACUGGUUCACGUGAUUGUACAGUUUGUAUUUGGAUAUGGAAUGAUACAAAAGGUGCAAUAGUUGAUCGUGAAUAUCCAAAUCAAGGUUAUAAUUAA